UGCCAACACGAAAAUCAGUAAAAAAUGGAGUCUUGUGUCCGACUUGUACUCCCACUACAGAUGAAUCCUGUAAGCUUGAGUGCACGGGCGAUGAAAAACACUGCGCCAAUGUGGAACUUACAACAUUGGGACCCAGCGUUGGCCCGAGACUGCGCGGCUGUGCUACUAAUGCCAUCUGUUAUUUUCAAAACCAGACUUUUGACAUUGAUGGCACUGUCUACCAUUUGGGAAUUUCGUGUGGCAGCCCCCCUACUCUUCACCUCCAGCAGUGCUUCAUGUUAAUUAUCUUGGCUCUUGCAGCUGCCUUAAAGUACAAUUAAAUCCUCAUUUAUUUAUUUUCUUAAAUAAUGCCAAUAUUAAAGUGGUAGUAAACCCAGUUUUUAAUGUUGUACUUACAGGUAAGCAUAUAAUAUGACUUACCAAUACGUACAGUGAAUAUCUCCUAAACUUGCACUGUUUAGGAGAUAUUCACAUUGCAUGCAGCCAGUCAGGGCCGGUGCUACCACUAGGCAAACUAGGCAGCCCCUUGGGUGCACUACUGCCUAGGGGCGCCCGGACACUGGUUUCCCUCCGCGUCUGCAUGCUCUGUAGGUUGCAGCAUGUAACUAACUCAGUCCGAGGCAGCUGCACCGUCCGACCAGUGGUGUAAUUAGAGGUGCAUCGCAGCACUGAAGCCAAUGCUUCCUUUAUAGUGCUGCCUUCUGUCACAUGGGUAGGGCAAAGGGAGUGGAUUCUGGGGUGGAGCCAAUGGGGCUGCAAAAUAUUUUUAAAUAGUUAUUUUUAUAUACCGUAUUUAUCGGCAUAUAACACGCA